CCCGUCUCCCCAUCACCCCUUUCCCCCCGGCCCCCUUCCCGCCCCCCCGUUUUGGGGUGCCCCGGCCGGGGGUCCCCGCUGAGGCCGCGCCGCUCGUGCCGCAGGUGACGAUCUCGGUGGACGGGAUCCUGACCACCACGGGCUACACGCAGGAGGAUUUCACCAUGCUGGGCUCCGACGACUUCUUCUACGUGGGGGGGUCCCCCAACACCGCCGACCUGCCGGGGUCCCCCGUCAGCAACAACUUCAUGGGCUGCCUCAAGGACGUCGUGUACAAGAACAACGACUUCAAGCUGGAGCUGUCGCGGCUGGCGCAGGAGGGGGACGCGCGGGUGACGCUGCACGGGGCGCUGCUGUUCCACUGCGACCCCCCCCCCGCGCUGGACCCCGUCACCUUCGCCACCCCCCAGGCUCACCUGGCGCUGCCCACCUGGCCCCCGGCCCGCGCCGGCUCCGUGUCCUUCGACUUCCGCACCACGGAGCCCAACGGGGUCCUGCUCUUCGGCCAGGGCCCCCCCCGCGACCCCCCCGCCGCCCCCCGGGGGCCGCCCCCGCCGCCCCCCGACUUCCUGGCGCUGGAGCUGCUGGACGGGCACCUGUACCUGCUGCUGGGCAUGGGCGCGGCCGGGCUGCGGCUCCGCGCCAGCGCCCGCAAGGUCACGGACGGCGAGUGGUGCCACGUGGACGUGCAGCGCGACGGCCGCAAGGGCUCGGUGUCGGUGAACAGCCGCAGCACCCCGUUCCUGGCCAGCGGGGACCGCGACGUGCUGGACGUGGGCGCGGAGCUGUACCUGGGGGGGCUCCCCGAGGGCCGGCCCGGCCCCCCCGCGCCCCCCGAGCUCUGGGCCGCGGGGCUGCGCCUCGGCUUCGUGGGCUGCGUGCGGGACCUGUUCGUGGACGGGCGGAGCCGCGACGUGCGGGCGCUGCUGGGGCCCGGGGGGGCCCCGGGGGUCGCCCCGCUCUGCGCCCGCGACCCCCCCCGGCUGUGCGCGAGCGGCCCCUGUCGCAACGGGGGGACCUGUCGCGAGGGCUGGAACCGCUUCGUGUGCGACUGUCGCGGCACCGGGUACCUGGGGCCGCGCUGCGAGACAGAGGCCGCGGUGCUGAGCUACGAUGGCAGCAUGUACCUGAAGGUGCAGGUGCCGGGGGAGCAGACGGAGGCCGAGGACGUGUCCCUGCGCUUCAUGUCCCCCCGCGCCUUCGGCCUCGUCCUGGCCACCACCUCGCGCCACUCGGCCGACACCCUGCGCCUCGAGCUGGACGGAGGGCGCAUGAAGCUCACCCUCAACCUGGGUGAGCCCCCCGGGACCCCCCAACCCCCUCCAGUACGGCCCGGCCCCAAAACCCUCCCCGAAACCCUCCCUGAAAUUAUCCCAAACGGGGCCCGAGUCGGUUCUCGUCACCCCGGGACGGCCAAAAUAGUGCCUGGGACCCCAAAAUGAUGCCUGGGACCCCAA